AUGGCAGCAAAAGCUAGAGCCAAAGCUGAAGAAGCGGCCGAAGCGAAGGUCGCCGAGGCAGUCGAAGCUGCGCCCGCAGCCAGGGAGGAUCCCUGGUCCGCUGGGCUGGCGGCAGCGCAGGCCGCGCAGGGCCCUGUGGACGCCAAGGCGCUGGCCGCGGCGCAGGCGGCGCUGCAGGUGGGCCGAAAGCAAGGCUUGCUCAAGUCGAGGUUGGCCGAUUUGGCCAUGGACCUGGCGGCCAAGGUCGUGAUCGACAAAUCGCCCGAGAGGCCGGUGGAGGAGCUGGCGGCAGAGGCUGCCAAGGCAGCGAUUCGAGCCGGCGAAGCUGCAGGAGCUUUGGCAAACAUGUGGCAGUCCUUGGCAGUUGAGAGGAAUUCUACCAAAGCCAACAAAGGCGAUGCGCUUUUCUCAGACGCAGGGUGCGUAUCCGGUGGAUCGAUUGAAGGGGCAAAAGGGUUCGCGCAGGCGCCCCGGUGGGGCGCCGGGCCAGCCGCGCAGCCGCUGCGGCGGGCGCCAGUGUGGUGGAGGGCUGGACGAGGAACCCCGAGGCCUUGA